AUGGACGGCUUCUUGCAAUCCCAACGUGGGACCGGCGGUGAGGCUGAGAACUUGAGAUCAGCACCGCCGUCUCCUGCCUCUACAUCUGGCACUGAAUCCUCCGCACUGGAUUGGAUUGGGGAAGAAUUACGGUCAACAGCGACCUCGAUGGCCACCAAGACCAACCUAUUAACCCUAACUACCACCAUCCAGGAUGCCCUGCGUGCGGAGAUGGCAGUAAUCAGGAUGCAUGUAAGCGCCCAAGCAGGCCGCAUUCAAACCCUGGAACACUCACUUGAAGCCCAGUCCACCAGGAUCUCAGCGAUGGACGCGGCGAUCAAUCGGCAGGGAGAACUACUCCUCAGCAUGAGACACCACAUGGAAGACCUGGACAAUUGGGGCCGCAGGUGCAACAUCUGGGUCCGGGGAGUGCUGGAGGCCAACAGAGGGGAGAACGCUGAAGAAAUCUUAUCGGGCCUGUUCAAGAGCCUUCUGCAAAAUGAAGCUCCACAGUGA